CAUAAUUAUAACAACUGGCAAUGUGACACCAACAAUCCCCUCAUCCAACGUUCACAAACUACAUAACAAAUAAACAUAUUCAAAAGUCCAGGUUCGUCUCUUAAUCCACAAAAAACCUGUCCAUAUUAAAACAAACAAACCCCUCCCUCAUGGCCACGGCAUCCACCUCCACGACCACCCCAACCUCACCCCCUACCAACCCCCUCCUCCACCUCGAACCCCAAACCCUCUACCUCCUCCUCUCCCGCCAACAAGUCUCCCUAAAAUGGCACUGGUCGCUCUACAUCCACGUCUCCCUCGCCUCCGGCGGCUACACGCAACACAUCACGCGCGCCGACUCCCUCUGGAUCCUCGACGCCCGCCGCACCCCUGACGCGAGCUACAACGCUGACAUCGUGUGCGCGCUCGCGCUGACGUGGGUCGAGGCUGAGCUGGAGGAUGCGCUCAAAGAGAGGGUGAGGCAGGUGCCGUUGGAGGAUACGGAGAGGUGGGGUGGGCUGACGUGUCGGACGUGGGUGUUGAGGGUGUUGGAGGAGUUGGAUGCGGAGGGGUGGAUCUCGGUGAGGGUGGGGAGUACGGUGGAGGAUGUGGAAGCGGAGGCGAAGGAUGGGGCGGCGGCGGCGGCGGAGGGGGAGGGGGAUAGGGUGUUGAGGAGUAAGCAUGUUAUUCUUUGA